CAACGAAGCCUCUCGGCCUGAGGGGAGGGCAGGUACCCUCGGGUCAGGCGAGAGCGGCAGGCAGGGGCCGAUGAGAAAGGCCACCUCCACCCCUGACAGGCAGAGAGGGGCGGGCCACGGGGGGAGAACGGAUUAAAGAGAACCUAUUCAAAGUGUGCGAGCGCUUGUCAUUGGAAGAACAGUAGUUGUCCAGUGCUGCAUUCAUCACAGUGGAAAAGCAAAGUCAGCUGAAUGCGUUUACUGUUUCCUGAAAGUGCUGUAGUUAACGCUGUAAAAAUAGACCAGUAUUUUGCAGGAGGACUGCUGUGAUGCACUUUAAAAAGGACUGAAUGGGAGCACCUGGCUAAACCGGUUUCAGAACACAAAAGGAGGUGUGUGACUGAGGGAAUCCAGCCACCGAGUGAGUCGGGUGCAGAGCGUUAUUGGCUGGCCUUGUCAGCAGAGGACGUGGUUUUCUACCUGCCUGCUCUAAGCGAUCUUUGGCUGUGCUGUUUGCUGUGCAGGAUGGUAACUGCCAAGGUGUGGGUUCUGAAGAAGCAUUUUGAGGGUUUCCCCAAAACCAGUGACUUCGACCUGAAAAAGAUAGAGCUGCCAAACCUAAAGGAUGGAGAGUUGCUGCUUGAAUCAGUGUUUCUCAGUGUUGAUCCUUACAUGAGACCUUACAGUCGACGGGACAUGAAGGAAGGGGACAUAAUGAUAGGCACACAGGUUGCCAGGAUUGUGGAAAGCAAGAAUCCUGCCUUUACAGUGGGGGACUUUGUCGUGGCUAGAAGUGGCUGGAGAACUCAUUUCAUCUCUGAUGGGAAAGACCUACAACUCCUUCCUUCUAGUUGGCCAGAAUCACUCCCCAGAUCUCUGGCUCUUGGGACAGUUGGCAUGCCAGGCCUCACUGCGUAUUUUGGUCUGCUGGAGGUCUGCAAGAUGAAGCCAGGCGAGACGGUGCUGGUUAAUGCUGCAGCUGGCGCUGUGGGCUCUGUGGUGGGGCAGCUUGCUAAAAUUGGGGGUUGCAAAGUGGUUGGCUGUGCUGGCUCAGAGGACAAGGUUGCCUAUCUGAAAGAAAUAGGCUUUGAUGAAGCCUUUAAUUACAAGACUGUUACAUCUUUGGAUGAAGCACUGCGUAAAGCCUCUCCUGAUGGCUAUGACUGUUUCUUUGACAAUGUGGGUGGAGAAUUUGCCAGUAUUGCUAUCAAUCAUAUGAAGAAAUACGGAAGGAUUGCAGUCUGCGGAGCCAUCUCUCAGUACAAUGACUCCAUGCCUCAGAAAGGGGCUUACAUUCAGAUUCCAAUGAUCUUCAAAGAGCUUCGAAUGGAAGGAUUUAUUGUGUCCCGCUGGAAUAACCGCCGGGACGAAGGUCUGAAGGCCCUGCUAAAAUGGGUGGUGGAGGGAAAAGUGAAAUGCCGUGAAGAAGUCACUGAAGGAUUUGAAAACAUGCCAAUGGCUUUCAUAGGAAUGUUAAAGGGAGAAAACCUUGGGAAAGCCAUUGUAAAAGUCUGAAGGUCUUGGGAGACUGGCACAGGAGAAUGUGAUUCUAUUAAGUGCUUUUCACUAAUUGAAAGGCACGUUUCAGCCUUUUUGCUGGAUGUUUGGUGAUGAUAGCUUCUGUUAAUAGUUGGGCUAGUAAGUGUAAGCAUAUGCCAAUUGCUUUGCUUCUGAAGAAUUCAAGAGUUGCUUCCCAAAGCUACAUUUAAAGAAAAAGCGCCUUAACACUGCCGAACAUCAUCAGAACUGUAACAGAUUUAAUAGAACCCUGAACCUUCCUACAAGUUGGCUUGGAGAAGGGAAAAGCAAUUGCAAAAGCUUUGCCAGCUAAUGACUAAUGUUUACCUGUUGAUUUGGCCCAGAACUUGGCAAGAGGGUUUUUUUUUAACCAAUAUCAAGGAGCAAAGAAGAGGCUAACAGCACCUGGGAGUUCCCAGCUUCCUCACUGGCUGUCUUUUUGGGGUUUUUUUGUUUUUUUUUUUUUUCUUUUACAUUUGUCAGGAAAUGUAGAUAUCUCACUUAUUGUGAGAUUAUGGAAAGAAAAAAUAAAUC